AUGCUAGAUUUGAUAUACUGUAUUUGUAGCACGAGUUGGCUUUUUUAUUAUCUCUUCACCGUGGUAUGUUGGGGAUGCGUGCCUCUGGUGUGUCUAUUCCAAUUUCCUCUUGUGGGAAAGAUUCUCAGGAGACAGUUGAGGAGGGGAUUGUUAUUGCGACGGUUUGGACUGCAGUUUAUUGAGGAUAGGGUGGGGGUUUUUGAUAUUCCGGGGUUGGAGAUUGAUACGGAUGUGGAUGGGUUGAUGGUUGUAAGGGGCGUGACGUGGAGGGUGAGCGCGAUGAGUUUGGUGGUGCAUGGGGUGGAGGUAGGGAUGAAGAUGGUGGUGGGGGAGGGGAAAGAGGAGGAGGAAAUCGAAAUUGGGAUUGUGUGUGAAGAGGUGGUGGUUAGGUUGGGGAGGGGAAUUGAAGUGGGAGAUUGUUUUGUGAGUGUGAAGGGGGGGGAGGGAGAGUCGAGUUUUAAGGAUGCGGAGGAUGGGAUGGAACGGAAGAGUGAUGAUGAAGGGAAGAAUCAGGUGUGGGAGGUGAAUUCGAAAAUGUUGAGAGCUGUUAAGGGGAAUGAGGUGGAAUGUGAGAACGGGAUUGAGGAUGGCAACGUCAAUCAAAAUGAGGAUAGGACGGUAAAAACUGAUAUGAUUAACGGAUAUGUACCGAUAGAUACAGAUAUAAAAGAGGGCAUCAAAAUCAUCCGAACCAUCACCCCAGACGACACCGAAGCCGCCAACGAACAAUACAACAAAACCAUCCAGAUGAUCCGCUCCACAAACAGCAUUGAAAUUUGUCGUCAACAAGUCCAGCACCUCGUGCACUCCAAGUCCGAAAGCAACCCCCACGAAACCGUAAACGAAAACAGCAACAACGAUAUCCGCGCCGCAAUCUGUUCGCAACUGCACCGCCAACCCUCCAUCACACACCCACCCUCCCGCUCCAUCAAAGUCACCACGCUGCAAACCCUAGUACCACCUCACAUCCGCGCCAUCCUACAUCGACUCCCCAUGCUCCUCCGGCUGCUCCUGAAUCCCCUCGCACACUUCCACCCUGUGAAAAUCUCCUCGCUCACAGCUACCGGAUCCGGAAAAUGGAUUCAGGAAAUCCUUUCCGCGAAAGUCUUCAAAAACACUACUAUUUACACCCCCCCUUCAUCUCUCUCAUCUCCCACCUCUCCCACCUCUCCCAUCUUCUCCUCCGCAUCUUUCGCAUCUCGCAGGUCAUCCAAUCCCCAUCCCCAUCUCCCCACCACCUCCUCCUCAUCUCCCAUCCCCCCCAUCCAAAAACGCAUCCACGAAUGGCUCCUCCCCGCCAAUUUCGUACUCCAACUAGAUUCCAUCACCGGUCUCGCACAAGUCCCCUUCCUUCCCGCCUACGACAUCCACUGUUCGCUCUCCAGCACCAAAAUACAAGUAUAUCGCACUCUCCCCUCCGCCAGCGCAUUGAAACAAGUUGUGCGGCUGGGGGGCGCAGAUGCCACGUUUGCGAUUCCGAGUUUUUUGCUGCCGCAUCAUGAACAUAUAGUACCUGCGCGAGCGGACUCGUGUGGAUUGGAAAGAAGAGGGGAGGGGAAGGGAGAUGAUACAUCAAAAAAAGACGAAUGCGCAGUUCACAUAGCAGCACAUGCACAAUUACCCAUAGUGAUGGAUCAAGAGCUCUUAGAUUGGGUGGCCAGUGUCGUAAAAGCGAGUAAAGUAAUCGAAGUCGAGAAGGAAAAACGAUGGAUGGACGAAGAAAUCCACGGAUUUAGAGAUUUGGUGGGGGUUGUGAAGGGAGGAGUGAAGGAUGCUCACAAAGGAAUGAAGAAAACGCUUGUCAGCGCUACGGUUAACGAUAAAUGGAUUGCCAAAAUGGUAGGGAAGGUGACGAAGAAAUUGGAAGAGGCGAAGGGAGAUGUUGGAUAUGCGGGUGAUAUUAAGGUGCCGCUGGGACCUUAUAGAUUAGGAGAGGAGGCGAGAAAGAGAGGAGAAGGAGAUAAGAUAUUGCCUUGA